GGGUCAGACGAUGAGCGGGUCGGCCAGGUAUUCCGUGAUUAUCGGGGUUGGAAAGAGCACGACAUGGGUAUGCGAGGGACGAGGCGUACCGUGCCUUGGUGGGCGCCGGCUUGCAGAAUGCAGACGCAGCAGGGUGAAAAUGGAAGUAUCGCGAGUGCACUCUGCUUGUGCAUUUGUGGAAUCAUUGUACUCUGGGUUUUCGAGAGACAGGAACAUGCGAUGGUUAUGGAGAUUGGCCCACGCAGGUUAAACCCCGAGGUAUACACCAAUGUCGCGGUGUCUAUGUUUCCAUGA